CCUUUCGACCAGGAGGAGUGGAGCCCGAGGGAGAGCGAGCGGAGCAGGCACCAACUGUGCAACACGGGUCUUGGAGAGCGUGCACCGCUGUGCGUGGUGCCCAUUGGAGAGCGUGCACCCCUGAGCAUGCACCGCUGGGCGCAGUGCCCUGCCGUGAGCGCGCGUGGCUGAGCGUUGGCUGCCACGCACAGCGCCCACUGAAGACCCCGGAACACAGAGGAGCAGGUGCCAUCCUGGGACACACAUCAUGGGCAACUGUAUCCCGGUGAGCCCUAGAGUCCUGGAGAGCGAAAACUCCCUGGACCUGCUGGAGAUCAUGAGCAACUUCUCCUAUGAUGGCAGUAACGUGACCUUCCUGGACUACGACGCUGCGCCUUGCCACAACCAGUACUGUCCCCUCUUCCAGCGUGUAGCCCCCACCUUCCUGGCCAUCACCUGUGCCACAGCCAUCCUCGGCACUGGGGCACUGCUGGUGGCACUGGCCAAGCGGCCUCAUGCCUGGGGCUGGCCCCAGAGCCGAGCGCUGGUGGCCCAGCUGGCAGUGGGGACGGGUCUCUUUGCCGCCCUGCUGCCACCGGUGGCAGUAGGCAUCAGGCAGGGCUGGCAACUGGGCACAGGGCUGUGCAGGCUCACCCACCUGCUGUGGUACUGGAGCCUCUUCGUGCAGGGGCUGCUGGUGGGCAGCGGCUCCUGCAGCACUGCCUGGUGUCGCUGGGACGCCCGGAGCCAGCGGCUGGCUGUGGCCGUGUGGGCCGGGGCACUGCUGCUGGCAACGCCAGCAGCUCUCGCCAGUGGCACGGUGGCAGCCCCGGAGACGAGCUGCCUCCGCCGGAGCGUGGACAUCCUCUCCCCAGUGUACCUGCUGCACCUCGCCCUCUGCCUCUGCCUCUUCCUGCUGCUGCCGGCAGCGCUGCUGGUGGCCACGCUGGCUGUGCCGUGGCUGAGGUCAGGGUGGAAGCCAGGCGUCAGCGCGAGCUGGCUCUUCUUUGGGCUCUGGGUGCCUUAUGGCAUGGGGCUGGCCGUGGAUUUCCUCCUGCACGCCCAGCUGCUGCAGCCCACCUGUGGCACCUUUGAGCACUUUGACUACGUGCUGGGGCUGAGCGAGGGGCUGGGGGUGCUGCACUGCUGCCUGGGGCCCGCAGCACUGCUCGCUGCCUGGCUCUGCCGCCGCGGGGCAGGUGCCAGUGGCAGCGGCUGAGCUCCUGGAGCUGCAGCUGCGGGCCUCAUGCUAGCCCCUGGCACCCCGGCCCCCAGCACCAUCCCCUCUCCCCACAGUGUCCCCACCAGCCCCGCAGCUUCUGCCACACAGGCAACGCUCCCCCAGGACCCAGGAGAGAGCAACACGGGCCCAUUAUGUGCCAGGCUUGGUGCCUUUCCUCCCUCCGUCCUCUUUCUUGGGGUCUCAGCCCCACUGUUUGGGGCCAGACACCCCAAUUUGCUCACAGGAGAGAGACCUGGGUUGCCUCAAGCAUCUCCCCAAGCCCCCAGGCGGUGUCAGCCCAGGCUCCUGCACACCUCUGGAGACCCCCGAGGUUCAACCCCAGCCCACCCAACUCCACCGGGAGAUUUCAGCAGGCAGAAAGGGCAGUGGUGAUGUGAAGCGACAGGGGAUUUUUCACUCCCUCCUGACAAGCCGAGUUAAGCAUCAUGUCUGAGAUCAGCCAGUGGGAAUUACAUACAAUACAUACGUCUGUUAGA